AUGGCUAUAGAAGGUCUCACAAAUGCACAACGAAGACUCAUCAUAAGACAUAUACGGUUAUUUAACCACGGACUGUGGCCUGAAAACUCGUACAAAGAUUACAUGCAGCGAUUUCAGGCGGCGCCUCUAAAGCGAGAAGGAAUGCCUUGGACAGAAGAAGAAGACAAAAAGCUACUGGAGCUUGCAGAAAAAUAUGAUGUAAACUUCGGAGACCCCUGGCUGUAUUUGAGCUGGGAGAUGCAAAGAGAGAGCGAAGAUGUGCACAGAAGAUAUAUUUCAAAGGUUAUUUUGCCGCAGAACCAACAAAGACGAAGUGAAUUCGUAUUAUCUAAGAGCCUCAAGCCUCUGUUUUUUUCUCGUUAUUACAAACUGCUGCCUCCAUUUCUUUUCAUUGUACCGACGAAAGCAAAUUUCAACACUGCACCCGCAAAACCGCUGCAAAUACCCCCGGUCUUCCGCUGCCUCUGA